GUCUAUUAAGAUAUUUAAGAGCAUGACUUCUCAUAUGGAUUCAGCAGAUGAGGAAUGAUGACUUACACUAAGUCCAAGUCAUCCAUACUGUCUACAAUGCCUUCUAAAGACUUUUCUGUUCCUGUGAUUGAUUUCCAGGAAUUUAUUAACGGUACAGAGCAAGGAAAGCUUGCCGUGGGUAAAGAGAUGGUGAGAGUUAUGCGAGAGGUUGGAUUCAUGUAUAUCAUCAACCAUGGAAUCUCUGAACUUGACCAGCAACGUAUGUUCCAGUGGUCGAAGAAGUUCUUUGAGCUAAGUCCAGAACAAAAGGAAAAAUGUCCUCACCCAAUUGAAGGUGCACAUCAUAGAGGCUGGUCCCAUAUUGGCAAAGAGAAAGUGGUUCAGAUGGUUUUUGAUAAAGACGAAGUUAACAAACUUCGCAAGGUUCCUGAUGUCAAAGAGUCAUUUGAUCUGGGGAAUGAUAACAACGAGAGGUUUUACAACAUUUGGCCAGAUGAUGAUGAUAUUCCAGGUUUCAAGGAAUACUGCAAGUAUUACUUCAAAAUCAGUGAUGCCACUGGUAAGUUGUUUUUGAGAGCCAUAGCCUUGGGUAUGGACCUUGAUGAAGAGUUUUUCCUGCCUUACCACAGUGAGUCUGAUAACCAGCUGAGAUUACUCCAUUAUCCUCCAACAGAUGAGAACUCGUUAAAAACAGGUGAGGCGGAAAGAAUCGCAGCACAUACGGAUUUUGGAACAUUGACUAUGCUCUUGCAAGACGAAUGUGGAGGUUUACAAGUUGAGGAUCCAUUUAAUAAGGGUGUGUUCCUCCCUGCACCAUAUAUCAAAAACUCUAUUGUCGUCAAUACUGGUGAUUUCUUGAUGAGAUGGUCGAACGACCAACUUAUUUCUACUCUGCACAGGGUGACUAAUCCCCCAGUUGAUUCUGAAACAGGGGUUUCCAAGGCACGUUAUUCUAUACCUUUCUUUAUCAGUGCAAACAAGGACAAGAUUGUUGAUGCUCUGGAUGGCACCUACUCAAAGGAAAACCCUAAGAAGUAUGCACCAAUAACCGCAGGUGAGUACCUCGCAGCUCGCUUAAAUGCAACAUACUGAACAGUGCUUUACAAGUUCUAGUUAUCGUGUGGCUCUUGUUGUGCUCCAUCAUACUACUUAAAGAGUGUUAUAUACGUGUUGUAGAUACAACAAUAGUUCUA